AUGCCCAAGUAUGGGAUCUUCGCGAAGCUCUCUGCGGCAAUCACGCCUGUGACUUGGGCUGGGAACAAGAAGGAUCGAGGACCGACCGAGUCGGACAACGACUACUCACCCACUGACUUCAAGCGUCAAGACCGCAGCAAGCACUACGAGAACGAGUCGCUUGAAGACGGUAAGAUCGACGAAACACAGACCCAAGGCCGCUCUCAGCACCAGCAGCGCGAGCGCGAGCAGCUCGAGCGCUCUCGCCGCCGCGCAUCAUCUCAAAUCCCCGGGUCCUUUCCUCGAUCCUCAUCGAUCGUCCGACCUACCUCACGAUCCAACUCACUCGUCCGACGACCUUCCCUCACCGUCAUACGGCACCGAUCCAGAGGCGCUGCGCCUCCUCCAUCAAAAUCCUACCGUCGAGACCGCACCGUCGCCGCGACUCCAGACGAAGCCGCCCAAGACGAGAUCUCUACUCCCAACGCCCCGAACGCCAGUGCUGUCGAAGCGAACGUCGAAGCGAACGACAUGCAAGAAGAAGAUGGAUCUGAGUACGGACAAGAGCAGGUGGUGGACUUUAACCGCCUGUGGGACUGUGAAAAGAAUGGAAUACCUCGAUACGAUGCUGUCGAUCGGGCAGCAGGAGCAAAAUACUCAGCAGAAAACUACAUCGCGCGCAAUCAAGAGGAGUUCUCUCUGAACUACUUCUUCCGCGCGUCCCAAGCCACUCUGAAGAACGUUGAGUCCAUGUCCAACCAGCGGGCAAAGGACACUGCUACCAAGCUCAACCUACGGAAGGGAAUCUACGGAUACACAAAGCGCACUAAUGAGAUGGCCAAGGAACUCGAGCGCUUCCACCGCUCCCGCAACCUCCCAUCCCCCGCGGCAACUGCCGAAGCAACUGCGCCAGCACUCUCAUAUGCCCGUGCAUCAUCUCCCUCCAACACUCGACUUCAUCCUGUCGUACACCUUCAUCCCGAGUCGUCUAACAACGGUCUCGGCUCCACCACCCUCAAAUUCCAUCAAACUAUGGACAAGCGCUUUCCUGGCCCUGGCAUCUUUGACGGUACUACUCCAGAGUACUGCUUCUGGAGACGAGCACCCAAGAGCCGCCUCGAAGCCGCUUGCGAUGCUACAACGCCCUUUACUGAGAUGAUCGCUUACGUCCAGAGCUGCACCACCGGUGAGCCAUGGCGGACGAUCAACAUCAACACCAACGGCAGGCACCGAGACUGGACCCGCAUUGAAGACAUGUUUCAAGAGUUCGACGCAUACUACGGAGUUCACGACGUCUUGCUCAAGGCCAAAACCGCCCUCUCAGUCCUCAAGCAAGGAAAGGUUGAACUGCUCUCCAAGUACGUCCUCGACUACCGCAGCCUGUGCCAGGAGGCCGAGGAGAAGCUUGACACCCAUUCCCUCUGGCUUACUCUCAACAACAAGUACAAGCACGAGCUCAAGCGUGACACUCGACUUCCAUUCCAUGACUUCUGCAUUGAAGCGCGUCUCUUGGAAGACAAUUGGAAGUCUAUCGUCGAUACCACUCCUGCAAACCCUGGCCGAGGAGCCGGUGACAACGCAGGUCGUGGCCGUGGAUCCACUCGAGGAGGACGUGGAGGUGGCAAUGUCGGCCGUGGUGCCGCUGUCCGCCUCAUCCCAAUGCGCUACAAGAACCUCGGUGUGCUCGAUGAUGCGGGCCGCAAGAAGCUCAUGGAUGAGCGUCGCUGUUUCCGCUGCCGCGAGACUGGCUAUGACCGCACCAGCGCUGAGUGCGUUUCCAGCCCUCAGAAGGGUCGCUACGAGUUUGGCAACGUCCAGCAUGAGACUCCAAUCACCAACACCCUCGCCUCCGCCGCUGUCGUUGACAGCACCCAACUCCGCAUCACCAACGGUAACUCGGGAAAUGCCCAGGCUCAGACAUAA